CAUGCAUGUGCAUCUCCAUUAAUUCUACUCUAAUAAAACAAAUGGCUUCAACCAUGCAUAAACUCAUUCUUCUCCAAACUCUUAUCACCAUCCUCUCAAUGCAAACACUCACAGCUCAAAACUCCAACCUCUUCACGGAGUACAUCGGAGCAAUAUUCAAUGGUGUGAAGUUCACCGACGUCCCGAUAAACUCCUCCGUCGACUUCCACUUCAUCCUCGCCUUCGCUAUCGAUUAUACAGACACCUCUUCCCCUUCCCCUACCAAUGGCAACUUCAACAUCUUCUGGGACUCCACCAAUCUCUCACCUUCUCAAGUCUCAUCCAUCAAACAAGCCAAUUCAAAUGUUAAGGUUGCUCUAAGCCUUGGUGGAGACACAGUUCAUGAUGUUCCAGCAAACUUCAGUCCUACUUCCAUAGACUCUUGGGUUAGCAAUGCUGUUAGUUCUCUUACAAGCAUCAUCCAACAAUACAACCUCGACGGCAUCGAUAUCGACUACGAGCAUUUCAGCACCGAUGAAGCAACUUUCGCUUCGAGCAUUGGACAGUUGAUCACUACUCUGAAGAACAAUGGAGUUAUAUCAUUUGCUUCCAUUGCUCCAUUUGACUCAGUGAACAGUUAUUACAUGGCUUUGUGGAAAAACUAUUCAAGUGUUAUAGAUUAUGUUAACUUUCAGUUCUAUGCUUACAGUUCUGACACAACAGUGACUCAGUUUGAGAGUUAUUUUGAAACUCAGAGAGGGAAUUACAAUGGUGGUAAAGUCUUGGCUAGUAUUGGCAGUGCUGCAGGAAGUGGAGGUUUAUCACCUGCAAAUGGAUUCUUUGAUGCUUGUCAAACUCUGAAGAGCAAAGGUGAGCUCUCAGGGAUCUUUAUUUGGUGUGCUGAUAACUCCAUGGCUAAUUCUUUUGCUUAUGAGAACCAAGCCCAAAGUUUGUUGGCAAGUGGUUGAUUAAAUGUUUUGUACUUGAGAUUUUAUAUAGUUUUUAUUUGGAGUAUAAUUAAAUAUAUAUUAUAUUAAUAAGAACUGGUGGUUGAGAA